AUGGUCGGACGGUGGAUGAAGCAAACGUGGACAAGUGGAAUAAAUAAACACAAGAAAACCGGCUCUGGUCGUACAGCAUUUUAUCCAGAAGCAGAACAAAAGUUAUAUGACUGGAUUAUCGCACAACGAAAACAAGGAAUAGCCGUAAAUUAUGUAGACAUGCGAGCUAAAAUGUUGGAAAUUCUACGAAAACCAGAUAUAAUUUUUCUGUAUGGUGACUCAGCUGAGUGUUGUAGAGUGUCAAGUCGUUGGAUAUCUGCAUUUAUGAAAAGAUAUAAGCUAUCGUUACGACGAUCGACGAAAAUAUCACAAAAACUUCCUGCGCACACUCAUGCAUUGUUACAAAACUUUAAUCAAUUUGUUAACAAUCUUAGAGCAACAAAGUCUUUCGAACUGCAUAAUAUUUUUAACAUGGAUGAAACGCCUGUCUGGUUUGAUAUGGCUGGAAAUUUUACUGUAAAUCCAAAGGGUGAAAAAACAGUUCACAUUCGUGGAACGGGUAAUGAAAAAAGUCGGUUCACAGUUGUAUUGACAUGUGCCGCAGCUGGUCUAACCAGUAUUUGCCAACCCCUUGAUGUUGCAAUCAACAAACCCUUUAAAGAUAACCUUCGCAAGGAAUGGCAUCUUUGGAUGGCUAGUGGUGGUGCUGGAGAAACUGCAGCAGGAAAUCUUCGUCGUGCUAGGAUCAGCGAUGUGUGUGGUUGGGUCAAGC